AUGCGUGGCCUCAUCAACUACGGAACUAAUUGCUCUUUAAACAGCAUCGUGCAGUGCCUCUAUGCAACGCCUGGACUCCACAAUCGUCUCCGGAAUGGGCGGCAAGGACACCUGUCUUAUGGAUCUGUAGCCCUGACCCUCAAGUGUCUCUUGGAUGACAUGGCCCUUGAGUCCCAAAGGCCGUGCGAUCCAAACCCUCUUGUAAAUGCAUUGAAUGAGCACCAAGGCUUUCAGCUGUUUUGUGUUCAGGAAGAUGCAGAUACGGUCUUCAGGUGCAUUCUCGAAGCGCUGACAAACGGACCCGUAAAAGCGAUCCGAGGAAUGUGGGACUUUGCGACUGAGAAAUGUAUACGAUGCACUGCUUGUCACACUACCAAAGUGAAACGUGAAAAGUCUGUCACAAUCCUUGUACACUUGAGCAACCAACACGUGAAUAACCUACAGGGGUAUUUGGAGAGCUACUCCCAGCAAAAGGAUAUAGCGUCCGCAUACAACUGUGAUACGUGUCACGCAAAAGCCAAGGCCGAGAUCACAAGCAAGGUUUUAAUCCUGCCCACCAAUGUGUGCGUUGUGAUCCAACGUGUUAGGAACAUGGGCCGAAACAGUGCCUGCAUCGUAAAGACGGAGGAGCUGUUCACCUUCCCUGAGACUCUUGAUCUUAAAUGUCUAGCUAAGGAAUCCACAGAAGGAGCCGAGCAUCUGUACGGACUGUAUGGUGUGGUAGCCCACCGUGGUACUCACUACGACGGACAUAACACUGCAUACGUCUGGAACAACGAAAGCAGUUGGUACCUAGCAGAUGACACUCAACUCAUGGCAUGCUCCUGGCAGGAUGUACAAAGAACAUACGUAGGGGGUUCCGCUCUUUACCAUGAGGUGGCUUACAUGCUUAUGUACAGUGCGCUUGCUAGAGGUGCCUGCUACUCUGUAUGA